AUGGGCAAGAGCACGGCUGUCAAACGCGACGUGUACUUCCGAGCGGCCAAGGAGGAGGGCUACCGCGCUCGCUCUGCGUACAAGCUGCUGCAGCUGGCAGAGCAGUUCCAGCUGUGGGAUAGCGUCGAGCGCUGCGUCGACCUCUGUGCGGCUCCUGGCUCAUGGUCGCAGGUGCUCUCGCAGAAACUGAAAGCCGAGGUACCCGCCGCCGAUGGAAGCGCCAAAAUCGUCGCGGUUGAUCUGCAGCCUAUGGCACCUUUGCCCGGCGUCGUGCAGAUUGAGGGCGACAUCACGAAGCCCAGUACGGCGGAGCAGAUCAUCUCGCACUUCAAAGGUCGAAGAGCGGAUCUCGUCGUCUGCGACGGAGCGCCUGACGUGACAGGCCUGCACGACCUGGACGAAUUCGUCCAAGCCCAGCUUCUCCUCGCCGCUACCAACAUUACCCUUCAAGUCCUCCGACCCGGUGGCACCUUUGUUGCCAAGAUCUUCCGCGGGCGAGACAUCGGACUUCUCUACGACCAGCUCCGGUGCUUCUUCGACCGCGUCACCUGUGCGAAACCGAGGAGUUCGCGAAACAGCAGCAUGGAGGCUUUCGUCGUCUGCGAGGGCUACCGAGAACAGCCCGACACUCCCGACCUCACCAAGCCGCUGCUCGACUUUGUCGACAUCUCGGACUACGCGACUCCCACCGCCGACAAGCGGCUGAACCGACUGAAGGGCUCGAUACGGGUUAUUGCUCCUUUCGUCGCCUGCGGAGACUUGAGCGGGUUCGACGCCGAGAUGCACGCUCCGCUGCUUCCGAAGGACAGUGCGAAAGAUGCGCCGCCUGCUCCCGCCUAUCGCGAGUUCCUCGAGCUGCGAAGAGCCAGCGCACUCGCAGCCAACGCGCCCCAACCAUAG